UUUAACGCGCAUCGGAAUUUUUCUGCAAUCAAAAAUCAAACCAAAAAAAAAGAAACCAUUAGCGUUUGUUGUGUCCAUUAAAAUAGUCGAAAUAAAUUAAGAAUGAAUUUUCCAAGUGCCAUACAAAUAUUAAGCAUUUUCUAUUUAAUCGUAGUGGUGAAAUCAUUUCCGGACGGUGCUCCUUCAGAUACAUGUGUCAAGAAACGUCCGAAUCAACCAAAUCAUGGCCAGGCACGUUCUCAACCGCUCGACAAGAAUCCCUACGAAGUAGUGGCCAAUACAGAAUCUUUUAAUCCUGGUCAGGAAGUUACAGUGGUCAUUUAUCCGCAUGGCAAACAGGAACUGUUCCGUGGCUUUUUCUUGCAAGCACGCGAUGCUAAUUCGAAUGAAUGGAUUGGGGAGUGGCAACGCAGUGAGAAUACAAACACUAUACCAGAAUGUUCGGCCAUAACACACGGUGACAAUCGCGACAAACUUGCGGCGAAACUAAUAUGGAAAGCUCCACAGAACAAGCGUGGACGUGUUUAUUUCACUGGCACCGUUUUAAAAAGUUAUGGCACAUUCUGGAGCGAUAUUGUUGGCAAAGUUCAAAAACAUCAAUAAUUUGUAAAUUAAUUCGAUCUACAUAAAUGAUAAUGCUUUUAAAACCAUACAUAUGUAAAUACUGUAUUAAAAUAAUACGAACUAA